AUGGGGCUCCGUCGAGAUAACCUGAGGCGCCUGCUGUUGGCAUCGGUCAUCAUCCCGCUGGGCCUGGCUCUGGUGCUUGAUACCCAUGUAAAUCGCAGGCAGGAUAGUGACGAAAACAGUUGGCAAAAGUUUGUGCGAGCUUCUCCAACCACGAUUAUUACACCAAGGGAGGUUGUAAGCCGGCAAAUUCAGGGAAAUGUGUCCAACCCUAAUGGACUGAUCAAGGGUGACGCUCCCACAGUGCUCACCCGGAGCCAACCAACCAACAACAAGCCAUCUAUCGUUGUCGACUUUGGUCAGAAUACCGUGGGCCUGUUGUCCAUCCGGUUUGCUGGCGCUUCUGCCGUUACUCCCAACAGAAACACCCUUCCUGGUUUGAAACUGGCAUUCUCCGAGACGCUAGAGUUCUUGGGUGACAGAAGUGACUUUACACGGUCUGACCACGCGGGUGGCGAUGAAAAACUUACCAACGGCACUGACCAGAUCGCCGUCAAGCAGCAGCCGUACGAGUGGUUGGCGCAGUCUGGAUGCGAACACGGCCGGCAGGUAUGCGCCGAUGGUCUUCACGGUUUCCGAUACGUCAAGAUAACGCUGGAAGCACUUGAGAGUGAUUCGCCAUACACGACUUCUUAUGGCACAGUCUCGAUCUCGUCCAUCAAGCUGCACCUCUCUGCUUUCCACGGCACGCCGGAUACUUUCACUGGCAAUUUUGAGUGUUCGGACAAGAGCAUUACUCAGUGGUGGUACGACGCUGUUUAUACAAAUGACCUUUGCAUCGACACCUUCCGUCUUAACGACACGGAGCCCCGAGAUGCUGGCAGCCCGACGUUGGUUGGCAAGCUUGUGCUGCACGAUGGGCCUAAGCGUGAUCGGGAUCCGUAUGUGGGAGAUUUAGCUGUCGCCGCACUCACUGCGUACAUUUCCCAUGAUGUCGCCUCCUCCGCCAAGAACGUGCUGGCUGAUCUAGCAGCGCACCAACGAAACGACGGCUGGAUUCCUCCGGCCAGCAUUGGAAAUUACAAUCUUCAACUUUUCGACUAUCCACUAUGGUGGGUAGUAUGUAGCUGCGACUAUGCAGUCUAUACUGGCGAUGUUGAUUACUUGCGGUCGGUAUGGCCCAACUUGGUCAAAGUCCUCGAUAACUUCUACCCCAGCGUCACGAACUCGGACACAAAUCUAGUCGAGCGAAGGGGCUACGGAGACUACGCCUUCAUACCACGAGAAGGCCCCGUGACUUAUUACAACGCUCUUUACGUCCGCGCUCUCAAAUACGCCGCAGACCUGGCUGAGCAGAUUGGACAAGACCAGGACGCUCCACGCUGGCGAAACAGGGCGACAGUGACUGGAGCGGCCCUGCUCAGACGUAACUGGGACUCUAGUGUCGGGGCAUUUUUUGACGGCGGCAGAUGCGGAUCUUCUCAGCUGUGCCCGUCUCACUCACAGGAUGGCAACAGCCUCGCGAUCCUGUCUGGGGUAGCCAACACCACAACCGACCCAGGGAACUCGCGCGGCAGCGUUGCUGAGUCCAUUCUCUCCUAUCUCGAUAGCUCGCUGAAGAGGCCUUGGGGCAACGCCUUUUACGACAACGACCAGGUAAGCGACGGAUACUCGCAGCGGGUCUAUGCCUUCAUUUCGUACUUUGAGAUCGCCGCGAGGUUGGAGGUUUCUUCCACUCAGGAAACCGCAUUCGACGAGAUCCGCCGACUGUACGGAACAAUGUCCGCCGGCGACCCGGGUGUGACGUUCUGGGAGGGCAUUGGGCCGGGCGGCAGCCCGUACCAGGGCGGCUUUACGUCCAUGUCACAUGGCUGGUCCACGGGCAUUGUGCCGCUGAUGACCAACUACGUGCUCGGUAUCACGGCCAAGAAGGUCGGAUUUGAGCAGUGGGAAGUGAGACCUGUGGUUGCGGGAGGGCUGACGUGGGCUCGAGGCGCAAUGCCGACGCCACAUGGCGCCGCCAUUCGGGUGUCGUGGACGGCUGGGCAGCAUGGGACCGCGUUGGAGCUGGAAGUAGAUGCACCAGAGGGCACUAGCGGCGUCAUCAGUGUCCCUGUGUCAAGCAAAGAAGCCCGUGUGAGCAUGGGUGGGACUGUGAUCUACGACGGAGCAGCAGGAACCACGCAAAGCGGCGCUACCUUCAAGGACGGGCGAGUGUCUGUACAGGUUGGAGCCGGAAGGCAUCAACUGAGCGUAACCAAAUCAGCGUGA